AUGGAUGACACUUGGGGCUCUGAGUUCUGCUUCCCCAACCUCAACUCCUCCUGCAGACGUCUGCUGCGACCACGCUCUGAGACUCUUCUACUCUACACCCUAGUUGCAUCUGUCUCUCUGCUCACUGUGACAUUCAAUUUGCUCGUCAUCAUCUCCAUCUCUCACUUCAGGCAGCUCCACACCCCGACCAACACUCUGCUCCAGUCUAUGGCUGUGUGUGACAUGUGGAUGGGGCUGUUGGUGAUGCCUGUUGAAGGCAUUCACUACAUUGAGGCAUGUUGGCUGCUGGGGAGGAUAAUGUGUGCUCUGUCUACUUAUGUAUGCUCUUGCUUGGCUUACGGCGCUUUGGGCCACAUUGUGCUCAUAUCCAUCGAUCGUUAUCUGAUUAUCUGUGACCCACUGAUCUACUCCUCUAAGGUCACUCUGACUAAAGUUAAAAUCUGUAUCUGUCUUUGUUGGACCUUUUCAGUUACCUACAAUGGGUUACUUCUAAUGGACCACUUAGAGGAACCGGACAGAUUCAACUCCUGCGAUGGGGAGUGUGUGUUGGUCAUCAACCAGAUUGCAGGAACUGUUGACAUGUUUAUGACCUUUAUUGGGCCUUGUACUGUCAUAGCUGUGCUGUAUAUCAGAGUGUUUGUGGCUGCCCUUUUCCAGAUGCGUGUAAUUCAGUCACAGGCUGCUGCUACCAAGGCCAGGGCAGCUCCAACUGCUAGAAAAUCACAGCCCAAGGCAGCCAGGACUCUGGGGAUUGUGAUAGCUGUGUUUGUGAUGUGUUUCUUUCCAUACUACUGUCCCAUUCUUGCAGGUGUCGAGAUCACCAGUGGCAUGUCCUAUUAUCCCAUAUUGUUUUGGUUCGGGUUAUUGAACUCUUGUUUCAACCCUCUGAUUUAUGCCAUGUUCUACCCCUGGUUUAGAAAAGCUAUCAAACUCAUCAUCACACUCAGAAUACUGCAGGAUAACUCCCGGGAGGUCAAGAUCCUGUAGACAGGGCUGGAAGUAUCAGUGAAUGAUCAUUUUUACAAUGUUUUAGAAACAUUGUGUCACCUCUGAGCAGACUGUUCUGCUGCAGCACCACACAGACCCUU